UAUAUUAUUUAUCAGUUUAUUCGUUUUUUCUGAUUUAAGUGAACAGAAAGUGGAUAAUUUUACUCGUUCAAUGCGAAGCUUCGAAGAAAGUGUUCACUUCAUGUAUAACCGAGUCAGUGAGACCCACAAAAGACUUUCUGGACCGUAUAAAACGAACUGGCAAAAAAUGGGAGAAGCGUGUAUCGGUCUAUGUCGAUCAUUCGAUGUCAACCCAUCAUCAAAAAAUGAGAAAGUUACAAGUGCUCUCAAAGAAACCGCAAAUACUCUGCACUGGAUCGGCGACGAGCAUGAGAAAUUAGCUAAGAAAUCGUUAGAUCCUCUACUGGAUGCAUUAUAUUCCUACAAAGGCGUGCUUGCCUGCAUACCAGAUAUCGUCAACGUUCAUAAGUCAGCGAUAUCCAAAUUGCGUGAAAAUGAAAAGCUUGCAACAGAAGGACGCGUUUCAAGUGCAAAUAUGGAAAAAGUGAAGGAGAAAGUUGAUUCUAUCAGUUAUAUGAUGCUUGCUGAAAUAACAUUUCAAAAUCAUGAACUUGGUGAAGAUUUCAAGAAUAUGAUGGCGACAUAUUUGGAAAGUCAGGGAGAAUUCUACAUGAAUAUUGGCAACCAGUUAAAUAACCUUGCCCGGAAAUUCAAGUAA